AGACGGACGCACAAGAGGCUCACCAUCGUGGCGGGGACACUAUCCAGACGCAAGCUUCUGUCUCCCUCGGGGUUGGACACCAGGCCUAUGAUGGGGAUGGUUCGCGGCGCGACGUUCGACAUGAUCAUGUCGCUCAUCGGCAUCCGGAGCAACACCGCGUUCCCGCCAGACUCGCGGUGGCUCGACCUCUUCGCCGGCACGGGCGCCAUCGGCAUCGAGGCCAUCAGCCGCGGGUGCGCGGAGUCGCACUUCGUCGAGAUGGACCCGUGGGUCGUCAACAACGUCACCAGGAAGAACCUCCAGUCCCUCGGAGUCGUUUCGAAAACAACCGUGCACACCGCAUCCGUCGAGGCGUUCCUCGCG